GAUGCUGAACCUGCUCAUUUACAGAAAUGUUCAUUAAUGUGCAUUGACCCUAUUAUCUUCAACAGAAAAGCUGUGAAAUCUUAAUAUAAAAAUCUCAAUUUUAUAUUAUUAAAUGUUUGUCCUUCUGGCUUAAAAUUACUUAAAUUGUAUAAUUAAAAAAACAUCUCAGUUCAAACCUUCACCAACAGUCUCAUCAUGAAACCACAUUUAAAUUCACCAGAUUUAUAUUUGGACCAGUCUCACUGGUUAAAAUCCGUCUGACUGUUUCCAUCAGGAGGUUUGAUUUGACGAUGUGAUCUGAUCCACUCACUGAUUCCUCUUCAGGUUCCACAAUAUUCCUUUGAUCUGCUCUGUGGUUUGAUCUGAUCCUGCUACUAAGCAGCUGCAGACUGACAAGACCGAAACCAUCUUCGACAAACAUUAACGUCUACUGUGAUUUUUAAUUUUGGUCCAUGUCCCAUCUGCUAACAUGGAGGAGGUUUAUGAUCUAUACCGCAGCCAGACACCAGGGGGCGAUCUAGACAGUUUGGUUUCACUUCUGUGAGCAGUUAUGUCGUCCAUCUUCUUUUAAGUUGUCACGAAACAUUUUUAUGAUUCAAGUUUUUUAAAUGUAGAUUAAAAAAUAAACAUAGUGAUGGAUUCAUACAACAUCACAAUGUUUGUUGUGACGUUCUGCUCCAGUCGGAACGCGGAUGUAUGAGCUCGGCGCUGAUUGGCUCGGACAUCGGGCAGCUGGCAUCUGGAGCAAGCGCCACCACCCUGAGCCCCGCCCCCUUUAGUGUGACAAACUAAAACAAACAAACAAUAAACAGGAAGUGGAGACAGCGUCGCGGGGACCGGGGCAGUGUGAGUCCUCAGGCCGGGCUGAGAGCGUCUCUCUGGGGUUUCUGGUGGAGCAGCUCGGGCCGGGCCGGGCCGGACAUGAUGGCCGCUGACGACAUCACCUCCUCCCGCAGAAUGAGGACGGAUUCAGCCGGAGAGUCGGAGCGGAGCUGCGGCUUCGUGCAGCCGGGAGGACACGGAGGCUCCGGGGACACUUGGAGGAGACACAUCGUCCGUCAGCUGAAGAACCGGGACCGGAACCAGAGCGACUCGUUCCAGGACCUGAUCCACUUCUACUCUCGGCUGUUGGAUAAAUCCAGUUGGACCAAUGGAAUCCUGAGCAGACGUCCCUUCACUGAGAGCAGCUCUGUCUCGUCUCUACUGAACCAGAACGACCAACUGAAGAAAACAACAGGAGAGUUGGCCUUUCAGGUGCUGGAGCUUCAGCAGCAGAUCAAAAUCAAACUCCUUGUUCUGGACGAGCAGGAUUCCAGCCUGCUGGCGGAGCGCCGUCGACUCGCAGGCGCGUUCGAUGUCCGUCAGGAGCUGCAGGGGCGGGCGGUGCAGGUUCAGGAGGAGAACGGGGCGUUGAAGAUGGAGUACGACGUCCUGCUGGAGCGACAGAAGGGGGCGGAGACAAGACUCCGGGAGGAAAAGGUCAGAGAGGAACAAAUGCUGGAGGACAUGAUCCACCUGAAACAAAAGGCCGCCUCCCGUAUGAACAGCCGCAAUGAACGCAGGUCCAGAGCUCGUGAAGCGAACCUCCAGAAAGAGCUGCAGAGCGCUGCAAGGUCAAAGGUCGCUAUCGACAGCUCGUCCAGCGCUCCGACGUCCAGGUCAACGUCCCCAAAGAAGGAAGACCAGGACAAGUCUGCAGAGCCAAGACACACCAGACUCUUCAGGUCGGCGUCGGCCACGUCCCCGAGGAUCCUCACCUCCAUCAGAGAACUGUUCGACAGGAAGAGGCGUGGUCACUCGGUCUGCAGUCUGGAGGAGGAUCAGAUGAGUCCUGUAGGAAUCUGUCUGUCAGCCAGAGUUCCUGCUAGAGCUCUGCAAGUACUGGAGGCCCAUGAGCAAGGCAUUAACACAGUGAGGUUCAGCUCCAGUUCAGACCUGCUGGCCACAGGAGGAACUGACCGAGUCAUCAAACUAUGGGAGGUCAGAGCAGGCUCAUUGACCCACAGGGCGACUCUGGAGGGCAGCACAGAGGGGAUCACCUGCGUGGACUUCGACUCAGCGGGUUGUAGGAUCCUCGCGGCCUCAUACGAUAAGUCCGCCUUGUUGUGGCGGCUGGAUGACUCUGUCCCCAAGUUGACUCUGACAGGUCACAGCAGGAAGGUAACGGCAGCGAGGUUCAGUCCUUUACUUCAUCAGGUGGUGACAGGAAGUGCAGACAGAACCAUCAGACUGUGGGACCUGCACCGAGCCGCCUGUGUGCAGGUGGUGGACGUGGCGUCGUACUGCAGCGACCUGGUUUGUUCUGAGAACUUUAUCAUCAGUGGACAUUACGACCACAAGAUCAGGGUCUGGGACACAAGGGCGGUGAGCUGCGUUCAGGAAAUUCCUGCUCAGGGUCGAGUCACCUCAUUGGACCUCAGCUCCGACCAUCGUCAGCUGCUCAGCUGCUGCCGUGACGACUGCCUCCAGCUGGUGGACCUGAGGAGGUGGAGCCACGAGCGCUCGAGUUUCAGAGCUGAAGGCUUCAAGUGUGGCAGCGACAGCACGAAGGCCGUCAUCAGUCCAGACGGAUGUUUCCUGGCGGCUGGAUCAGCUGACGGCUCAGUUUACAUCUGGAACCUCUCCACCGGCGGCCUGGAGACACGCCUCCCGGACAAACACAGCUCGUCCAUCAGCGCCGUGUCCUGGUCUCCGUCGGGGGAAUACGUCGUCAGCGUGGACAAGAGCAGGCGGGCCGUCCUCUGGAGCGACAUCUGAAUCGGCCAAUCUGGGAGGAGGUCACAUGGUCACGGCACCACCGCUCAGGACACGUGGCACCUGAACGAGCUCCUGGCUGUUCCAGCAACAUUUAGGUUUUUGAAAAAUGAAGUUGAUUUGACAAAAGGUUAAUGAAGAAAAGUAACAAAUGUAAAAGGGAAGAAAGAGAAGUUUAUCAGUUUGCUCCUGAACUUCAACUUCACAUUAUUUAUUUCAUCACCUGCUUCAUCCACUCAUCCAUAUUUGUUCCUCCAGCUCAAGCCCUGUUUAUUGAAGAGAUUAUUAAAAUAUGAGUGAGUUAUUCAGCUGGAAUCGGACAAAUAUGAAACAUAAACAUCGAUACCGGCUAAAUAAUUCUCAGAUCAGUGAAUCUGUUUUUAUCAAUGUGGAGGUGAAGCCAUCGUUUCCUCUCAGCUGCUGUUGGCCGGAUCCUCAUGCAGAUGGAUUUACUUUGAAAAGGCUUCGGAUCCAGGGUUCUGGUCUCUGGGCUUUGAAGAGGGAAGUUCCACGAGGCUGUGAUGGUGUCUGAGCUCAGGAGGGAGGAGCUCCACAUAUCUCCAUCAGCUGAUCCAAGUUUCCAAACCUCGUCUGAACGAAUCACAGCUCAUCGCUGCUGCUAUGGUUUCUCCUGGUGGAGACUUGUGUAAACUGGUCUCGUGUCAGUUUGAAAAUCUGUGUUUGUGUUUGAGUCUGAACAGAAACUGAGACUUUAGUAAACGAUGACUCACACGUUCUCUUCCUGAUUGGUUCUCAUCAGUCACAUGACUCGACUGCCAGCGGUGAACAAUAUGAACCAAUCACUGCUACCAGCUGCAGAGGAUCUACUUCCUGUUUACAUCACAUGACCAGUGUAGGUGAACGGUCAUGUGAUUUUAGGUGUGUUUGUGUGGGCGGGGCCUUGGUACCAGGGGACUUAUUACUGACCAAUGUAAAAUAUGAUUAAUUGUUUUUUUUAACUUGUUUCUGAUCAUUUUAUUUUGUAAAGAUGAAUUGAAACAUCCUUAUUUGAUUAUUUUGUUCUGUUCUAUUUAUUUGUCGUGACCUUCGGGGAUGUAAUGAGGGACAGAGUGAAGACGUCAGUUCAGAGACUCAUUCUUCUAAUAAUGUUCUGUAUCGUGUCUUUGCUCCUAAUAAACUGUCUUCUAACGUC